UCCGGGUUCCGGGCUUGCUUGUCCGGAAGAGGCCGGGGCGGCAGCGCUGCGGCAGGGACGGCGGGAUGGAGAUCGACCAGCCGCUGCCCGUGCUGCGCUCGGUGAACACGCGCGAGCCAUCGCAGGUCAUCUUCUGCAACCGCAGCCCGCGCGUCGUGCUGCCCCUGUGGCUCAACUUCCACGGCGAGCCGCAGCCCUACCCCCCGAUGCAGCCGGGCACGGGCCGCCGAAUGCACAGCUACCGGGGUCACCUGUGGCUCUUCAGAGAUGCGGGUACACAGGAUGGGCUUCUGGUGAACCAGACUGAGCUGUUUGUGCCAACUCUCAAUGUUGACGGACAGCCCAUUUUUGCCAACAUCACACUGCCAGUGUACUCGCUCAAAGAACGAUGCCUCCAGGUGAUCCGCAGCCUGGUCAAGCCCGAGAACUACCGGAGACUGGACAUUGUGAGGUCGCUCUACGAAGAUCUGGAAGACCGCCCGGAUGUGCGGAAGGACCUGGCGCGUCUGAGCCAGGAGCACUUUACAAACCAAAAUGCUGAGAAUGGCAGCUGAACUUCACACCGCCAUGGGCUGUGG